UUUUUUUCAUUCUAGUUGUGAUUCAAUCAAUCAAUCAAUCAGUCAGUCAGUGAAGCGCACAAUACAAACCAUUUUUAUGUUUUCUUCGGUAAAACUGGUCAGAAAUUAACCGACAAAUUAGCCAACAUUUUCCGUUACGUCUGUCAAUCGAUUGACAUCAUUAGAUAACCGCUUGUUUGGUUGUUAACCAAUACCCGCCGCAGCCGCCAAUCUGAGCCAUACCGCACGCGGCCUCUAUAGAGCUUCGGAGCUGAUCUGCUCGAACUUGUUGGACAACAAGUGUACGCAUAGCGGGUAGUCGCGGACCUCGGCUUAUUUGCGGCCCAAAUCAAAUUUACGAAUCUUAGCGUCGGGUACUCCCCGGCAAAAGCGGGACUUCGGGUACGGUUUGUUUUUGCAAUAGCGAUAACAGCGAGCCGAUCGGCGACCCAUUGUGUGGCCAAUUGGUGGUUGGUAUCGGGUGUCUGCGAUAGAUAGAUAGAUAGAUAUCAAAUACUUGAAGACAAUAGACAUCAUUUACAGACAAACGGUUCCCAAGUUUAGACGCGAGAGAGAGGACAUCACUAGACCAUGUCCUACCACUACUCAGUAUUUGAGUACCCGAGGUAUCAGUUGGCCGCCAAUGGUUUACCAGAACCGAUAGUCAAUGAUCUGGACAACAGGCCGCCGGUUAAGCUGCGCGUGCCGUACGGACAACAGUACGGCAAUACGGCGCGGAUCAGUUCGGCCUCAAAGAGGUAUAAAACACUAGCUAAACAUUUCGACCAAAACAUCGCUAACCAAGUGGUGCGUCCGACUGCUCAACAAUUAACUUUCGAAGAAUUAAGAGCCGAAGUCCAAGAUAUGGCAUUCAACGAAUUCAAGUCGGCGGACAUUAAUAAUGUUGAGUCCAAUCGUAAAGAAUACGCUUUUGGUUUGGUUUGGCCGACCAUUGCCCCACAAAUGAUGGAAGAUUUGGUGGCUUAUUAUAUCCAAUUCAAUAAGACGCGAUACAUAGCCAUCAAUUAUUAGUAGUUUUUAAUAUUUAAUAUUUAAAAUAUGUCAUUUAAUAUAACAACAAAAAGUUUUUAUAUCAUAUGUUUUUUAUUACCGCUAAUAUACUGUUAUUAUCUAUCAAUCAAAUUGUAUGACCAGAAACACAACACAACACAACA